UUAUUAUCAAGAAAAAGCAAAGACAUCAUGUAGAUGGUUGCGUCUUCUUUAAUGGUUCUAAAUUUUUUAAGAAAAGGCAAAGACAUCAUGUAGGUGGUUGCGUCUUCUUUAAUCUUUUUAAGUUUUUCAAGAAAAAGCAAGGACAUCAUGUAGAUGGUUGGGUCUUCGUUAUUCUUUCUUAUAUUGUUAAGCAGAAGCAAAGACAUCAUGUAGUUGGUUGUGUUGUCUUUAAUGGUUCUGAAUUUGUGAAGCAGAAGCAAAGACAUCAUGUAGAUGGUAGCGCCUUCUUUAAUCUUUCUAAAUUUUUCAAGAUGGAGUCAAGAGAAAAAAGGAAUAACUACUUUAUACAAGAAAUACUUACAAAUGUCGUUGAAAAGAAACUUGCUGAUUUAUUUAUCCAAGAAUGGGACAAACAUUAUAUAAAAUCUCUUGGACGAUGGGAAAAUACAAACGUUAGUGGUCAAAAGUUGUUCAAUAUUGAAAAAACAAAAAAGAAACCUCAUGACAAACAUAUUCUGCACACUUUUCAAGAUGGUGACACCAGUAAGUGGGAUUGUACAACAAUGUUUGCAGCAAUAUUGUUUUCAAACUCAGUUGGAACAAAACUUGACCCAAAAGUUAGAGAUGCAGUAAAUGAAAUUCGUAAUGUAAGAAACAAAUUCACCCAUGUAAAUAAAGGUAAAGUAUCUGAUACCGAAUUCCACAAAAUGGUCGGUGAUAUUGAAAAGUCAUUUAAAGAUGUAGGAUUUUCAUUCACUGAAAUUAAUCAAAUUAAAUGUGAACGAAACAGAUUUGAUUCAUUUCAAGUACUUCCUUGCAAACCAAAUCACCAUGUAGUUAAACGUACAACAUUACUUAAUCAAAUCACAGCAGAUCUCAAUAACUUGCGCAGUACUAACAAUAAUGAACUUACAUAUUACUAUAUUUCUGGUAAUUCUGGCAGUGGUAAAUCUCAAUUAGCUAGACAAAUUUGUGACGAAAUGUUUAACUCUGUUGACUGGGAAAAUAAAACUACAUUUGUGAUGACACUCGAAGGAAAAGAUGCUGACUCUCUCUUAAAAACUUAUAAUGAACUUUGUCAACGUUUGAAUAUCCAUGAACAUUUGAUUGAAAAUGUUUUAAAAAAGGUAAAAAGCAGCGAAGACAGAAUCAAACACUUUCAUUUCCUGCUGACACAAAAACUGAAAUCUUGGAAAAUAUGGUGGAUUGUUGUAGAUAACGUGGUUGAACUUGAUAAAAUUUAUCCAUUA